UCCCUGCGCUUUAACCGUCCAACCGGGCGAGCUGACGUCUCCUCCCUCUAGCUAAACGUCUCCUCUCUCAGCCUCCCCCUUCCCUGCGCUUUAACUGUCCAACCGGGCGAGCUAACGUCUCCUCCUGUAGCUCCAUGUCUCAUCCACCACCGCCUUCCCCUUUUCCGAUGCAGGAAGGCUACCAGCAGGAGUGUUCUUGCACACAAAAACCGUAACAUGCUUAGGCGUAAUCUUUGUUCUACAUAGCGCUGCGCCUGUAUCAUGGCUAACGCUGGUGUCUCCUACUGUGCUAGAUUGAAAGAAUAUGCAGAUACCAAGAGGUGUACGGUUCAAUACAGCGUCAGCGGACCGCAUCAUAUGCCGAUGUACACGGCCAAGGUCUGUAUACAGGGCGCUGCGUAUCAUACAAAAGAAGCCACGGGUACCGGUACCACAAAAAAGGCAGCCAAAAACCAAGCGGCGGGUGCUUUGCUUGCCCUGAUACGGAAGUCUGACCACCCGGACGUAGGGGAUGUGGUUGUAGAGCUAAAGGAACUAUGCCUUCAGAACGGAUGGCCUCAGCCUCAGUAUAGUGACACCACUCGCAAUGGUACCCACAUCUGCCAUUGUUACAUUACCUCGACCUUAGGCGGAUUUAUGGUGCAAGGUCUCGGACCAACCUGGACACUUGCGAAGCUUGACGCGGCGGAGCAAGCGCUACGAAUCGCCAAGGCCUGCACCUACCAAGACCCGGAGGAGAGUACGUGCCAUCGGCCCAGGGAGCAAGCCUAGUGAAGGACGUCAUGUCCGGCCUUCCCUACACCAACUGCACCGCACAUGACGGGUCCACAACACCAUGUCAAGCUUAUUGUACAUGGAGCGUGGUUAUGAUAUACCUAGUGUUGUGUCUGUUUCUGUGCAUG